GCAGUGUUUCCGUUUAUGUUAGCUUAUUUAGCUGGCUAGAGCUAACCGAGGCUAGCGAGCUAACCGCUGUUAGCCGGACAGUCCACCGGAAGUACAUAGAUGUGUCGGUUUUGUCUCAAACAUGAAGUAAAGCCGGCAGAGACGUCCCAGUGGCUCUGCCGCAUGACGCCGUCCUGGUUGUAGCAUCAGGAUGCAGAUCCUGGUGGCCAAGCUGCUCGGCCUGCUGGGACUGUUCGGCCUCAUGCUGGCCGGGGUUCUGGUCCCCGUGCGCCUCCUGCUGGCUGACAACGAGAAGGCGAGCAGGUACAGACGGGCGCUGUCUCUGUGCAACUCGUUUGGAGGAGGCGUGUUCCUCGCCACAUGCUUCAACGCUCUGCUGCCCGCUGUCAGAGACAAGGUGGGCGACGUGUUCCAGCGACUCCAGAUCAGCAGUAAUUAUCCUCUGGCAGAGACGAUGAUGAUGGUGGGCUUCUUCCUCACCGUCUUCGUGGAGCAGACUCUCCUGACCUUCCGGAAGGAGAAGCCGUCCUUCAUCGACCUGGAGACCUUCAACGCCGGCGGCUCUGAAGCCGGCAGCGACUCUGAGUACGACACGCCCUUCAUUGCGUCACCACGGGGCUCUGCUGCCGGAGGCGGACGCCAACCUCACGGACACCAUCACGGCCACUUCAGCCCGGCAGAGCUGGCGGGGGCGGGGCCUCUGCGUCUGGCCAGUCUGGUCCUGGCGCUGUCUGCCCACUCGGUGUUCGAGGGUCUGGCGCUUGGCCUGCAGGAGGACCGCGCCAAGCUGGGCAGCCUUUUCCUGGGUGUGGCCGUGCAUGAGACACUUGCCGCUGUCGCCCUCGGGGUGAGCGUGGCCAAGGCUUCGCUCAGUAUGAAGGAUGCAGCCAAGCUGGGCGUCACGGUCAGCCUCAUGAUCCCACUGGGCUCGGUAGUGGGGAUGGGCAUCGAGUCGGCGCAGACGCUGGCGGGCGGCGUGGUGUCGGUGCUGCUGCAGGGAUUGGCCGCCGGAACCUUCCUGUUCGUCACCUUUUUCGAGAUUCUCUCCAGGGAGCUGGAAGACAAACAGGACCGGCUGCUCAAAGUGCUCUUCCUCAUCCUCGGCUACGCGGCGCUCGCCGUGCUCGUCUUCAUCAAGUGGUGAAAGACAGGAUGUGAUCAGGAAGAAGAGGAAACGUGGCGCAGCGCCGUGUUUCUAUGCUGCUUAGACGGCUAUGAAGAUAAAUUUUUAAGACUAGAUAGUUAAACUGGUUCUGACCCGACUGACGGACACGAGGUCCACCAGAGAAUCAGGAACCAACAUUUUCAUCCCACCUGGGUUUUCCUGAGAAGGGAACUGGAGGACUUCGUUUGCUUCUUGAAGAUGAUGAAAAGCAUCUUCGGUUCUUCAGGUUCAAGAGCCAAGAAAAGAAGUCCGGUUCUUCUUGAUGUUUAAGGGGUUAAAUGACUCCUGGGCGUCUCCAGCCUUUUGGUAGGACGUCCUACAUGAGCCAUAUUCAUCUGAGCAGCAGCUUCUACACAAACGCUGCAUCAGCACCAUAAAGGCAGGACAAAGAAGAGUUCUUGGCCAGUGAAAGAAACUCCGGUCCUCGAGGUAUCCUGCAGGUUUUCAUUGUUUCCCUGAUUUAACACACCUGAAUAAAAUCAGCUUCUUGUCAACUUCUUCACAAUAACCCAUUAAUUCAGUCAGGUGUGUUGGAUCAAGGAAACAAUGAAAACCUGCAGGAUACCGGCCUCGAGGACCAGAGUUUGACAGCUGUGUGUUAGAUGAUGGAUGAAGUCACGGUGCUAUCUCCAGCGUGACCACUAGAUGGCAGCCAUUGUUACAUACUGCUGCUUACACUCAAUCCAGAGCUGCACGACUCCAAAAAUAAACAUGUUGAACAAAAAGUUUGUGCUCUUUGUUUUCAGGAAGAGCUGCAGCAAACCGGUCCAUAUGUCCCAGACAGAACCAGUAAAGGCAUUUUAUUGUAAAGGUCCUAAAACCACAACAGACGGACUGAAUCCGAGUGGCUUCGUUGGUGUAGGACCGGUACACUCCUGCUGGCUAGCGCCGUGGUUUCCUCAGCAGUGACACCUGCUGUUCAGGAUGAGGACUGCAGCGGUUCGAGCGAGCCAGGAGGCGUGUUAAGUUCUGGUGGCGGCCGUCAUCGCGCGUUUUCCUGCCACACGGCACUAACCGCUGAGAACCAAACCUGGAACCAGGUUCUGUGGUGGUGCCUGGUUUUUAUGUGUUGAUGAAGCUGGAAAUUCUCUUAUCGCUUCUUCUGUUUUUAUUUAUUAUGUUUCCAGAAGUGGAUUAAUUUUUGUAAAGUGGAAUAAAUUAAACUGAUAUUAA